CCUAACCAUACUACAUUUCUAGUUAGGCGCUUAUACAAUAAUUUAAAGAACAAAAAACUACUAAAAUGUGAGAAAUUACUAAAAGUAGUAAUUAACAGUUUUGCCCUACAUGUAACAGCGAGUAUGGUCUUGGCGCGUGGGAUUUGGUUCGUCUCUUCUGGUCUCUCAAGCUUCUCCUCCAUAGUAGAAAGGAUUUAAAGGCGAGAGAAAACAAUUAUAAAAAAUUUCUUUCCUUUUCCUCCUCUCUUCUUCAUCUUCUUCUUCCUUGAUUGAUACCAACGUGUAAUCCCAACCCUUAAUCUACUUCGUCCUUACUUAAUCAGAUUUCUACUUGUUCCACUUCUUCUCUUUCAACCGCAGUCAUGGUUCAGUACUGAAGGUGGGAGUCAUUGUUCCGAAUCGAGUAAGAAAAAAAAGACUUUUUAAGAUUGAAGAAGAAAGAUGCGAAUUUUAUGCGAUGCGUGCGAGAACGCAGCCGCUAUCGUUUUUUGCGCCGCCGAUGAAGCUGCCCUUUGCCGCUCCUGCGAUGAAAAAGUUCAUAUGUGCAAUAAGCUAGCUAGUCGGCAUGUACGUGUAGGAUUAGCCGAACCAAGCAAUGCCCCAUGCUGCGAUAUUUGCGAAAAUGCGCCUGCCUUCUUUUACUGUGAGAUAGACGGUAGUUCACUUUGUCUGCAAUGUGACAUGGUAGUACAUGUCGGUGGCAAGAGAACGCACGGGCGGUUUCUUUUGCUCAGACAGAGAAUUGAGUUUCCGGGCGAUAAGCCUAAACCAAACAAUACGAGAGACAAUUUGCAAAACCAAAGAGUCUCUGCAACUGCAAACGGUGAAGCUAAUGGCAAGAUUGAUGACGAAAUGAUUGAUCUUAACUCUAACCCCCAGAGAGUACAUGAGCCAGCAUCAAAUAACCAAGGUAUCGAUGUAAAUAACGUGAACAGUCACGAGCCUGCAGGUGUUGUGCCAGUUGGAACCUUUAAACGAGAGUCUGAGAAGUGAUGAUGAUAAGGGUUUGGUGUAAGCGAAGCUUUGUUGUUGAAGGAAGGAAGGAAGGAGGGAUUGUGUUGUUUGUGCAUUAUCUUAGUUUUAAGGAAAGGGCUCACAUGAAUGUAUAAGCGCUAAUAUCUGAAAUUCUGCAUAUUUGUUUAUUUCUGGGUUUUCCUUUUUUCCUUAAUUAAAAAUCCCUUUGGAACAUUUAUAGUCCAUUGGGCCAAGAAAUAAAGAACAAAUUGGGCCAACAAAUGGAUAAAGGUCCAUUUGCUAUGCAAAGGUUCAUGUUAGUGCAAAGGUCCAUCAAUCAUUAUUCACAUUACUAAAGUCUUUCAAUAUAUAAAGACUAGUAUAUACUUUCAAAAACUAUUAAAUAAGAUUAUUUACAAAUAGAAAUAAA